AUGUCUAGUCAUGCUAUAUUUGCAUUUUAGGUGAUAUGUCCAACAAGAACUCAGCAGGGUCUGACACAGAAAGUGAACAUAAUUUUUAUUCUGACUGUUUGGAGGAAAGUCUUACACAAACCAACAAAGACUCACUUGACUGCAAAAACUGCCCCUUUCUACAUCAUUUAGAGAACACUACACAGUUUCAAGUGGAAUUAUCUCCAGAAUCUAUAUUGCAAUUAAACUUUAAGGACUGUCAGACAAAUGGUCAGCCGUCAAAAGCUUAUUCACCCAAAUUAUUUCCAGAUCUUGACAGGUCUUGUAGAGACAAUUUGUGCUUAACUUGUAGAAUCCCUUAUGUGACUGUUACUAAGAAUUCAGAAAAAGAACAAACCUUUUAUACAAUUAAGGAAGCUUAUGCAUUUGAUAAGCUACAUAAAAAUCAUCCAUCAACUGAUUAUUAUCCCACUUCAAAGCAGAACAAAGCUGUGCAAGUUUCAUUUCCUUGCAAAGAAACGGAAGCUGGGGGAAAUGCUGUCUGUGAAUUUUUCAAACAAUCAGGAAUACAUUCUGAAGUAGAAGAGACACCAAACAGGAAAGCUAUAAUAUUUCACAGUAUUGAAAGUAUUUUCAGUAAAAAGACAAAUUCUAAUGAACUGGUGAAAGACAAUUCUGAUUACUCUUCUGAAAUUCCUUAUAAAACUCACAGUCCCCAGACACCUGAGCAAAUCUAUUUGCACCCUAGUUCUGGAGGGCUUGUUAUUUCUUUGGUAUUAGAAGCAGCAUAUAGAAAUCCAUCUGGUUCAUCACAAGGAGUUGGUAAUUCUUCAAAUGUUAGGGUGGGAAAAGAAGAUUCACAGAGGCAUGCUUUAGCUUUUAAAUUUAAAGGCCCGGAGUGUAACCAGUUGUUUAAGAAGUUGCGUAUUUCUAUUGUUCCAAGUUCUGUACACUCAGAUACAGAGAAGGAAAAACAUAAUACACCUUUUAUAAAGCUGGUAGGGCUUUCACAAAUUUUGGUUGAUGAGUCCAGACCAUCUCUUGCCUCACAUGCUGAAUCAUCUGAAGCUAGUCAGCCUCUGGCAACUCAUACAGAGCCAUCUGAAUCCCGAAGCUUCAACAGUGAUUCUGAUCAAGUGCUAUCGGAAGCUAGUCAGCCUCUGGCAACUCAUACAGAGCCAUCUGAAUCCCGAAGCUUCAACAGUGAUUCUGAUCAAGUGCUAUCUUCACUGGAACUUUUGUCUUCCAGUGGGUUCUUUCCAUCACUGAAACAUUCACACACAACUCAGUCUUCUCACUACUUUGUCCAAUCAUUGCCAUGUUACAAGGUUACCCCUGUUCAUAGGACUUCUGAAGUUCAGAAAGUUCAACUGAAGGCAUCCAGGCCUGUGAAAUCUGUUGUAUUUACCAAAAGCACAAAAGUACAGAAGGACAGAAAAUUGCGAACCAAACCUCAUGCUUCCAAAUUUCAGUGGUCCAAGGCUUUGGAUACUGAACCUAUGAACCAAAACCCUCAAGCAGCCGAAAUAAACAAACCAUUUUUUGUACCCUUAACACAGACUACUGAAUGUUCCUGCAGCCCAUUGCUUGAUUUAGCUGUUGAUUUGCAUUCUGAAGGAAAGUAUUCUGAAACACUCCGAAGUGUUCACAGAAAAUAUUGCAAACGAACUGGAGGUGGCAAAGUAACUCCUAGAAUUUCCUCCUGUUGCCUGCAAAAUCUAAAUCCUAGAAGCCAUUUUGAGAAUCUCCAAUAUAUUUCUCCAGUAAGAAAGAACAGCAAUUCAAAGAUGCGAAACAUACUGAACUAUUGUUUAGGUUGGACUGGAGGACAGAAGCCAUGUGAAAACUGUAAAGGGGGGGUUUCUCCCACUCUGGAUAGUUCAAAUAUAAUGAGGAAUGAGAUACGCACUCCACACACCCCAACUGAUGGAAAUUCCAUUGCCUCACUUCUUCCAGGUUCAAGGAACAGUCCAGUUCCACUUCCUACUGCACUAUCUCUUUCAAAUGAGUGGAGGCAUUCAUCUGCUCCCUGUAUGCAAACUGAAAGAGGCACUUGGAGUCCUGCACUAUCCUAUUCUGAUGCUAAAUGUAGCAAUUCUCAUUCUCCUUGUGCAAAUAUUAAAGUAGUGCAGCUACCCAACGAAAUGAAUAUGCUUAAAAAUAUAGGUAUGGAAAAAAUGGAUUUUGGAGCUGUCCAGAUGGCUGGUGGAGGCUUAGCCCCCAGGAAGCACUCAAUCUGCCCAUGUGGAACUAUGUCUCAAUGUGGCUUGUUCCCCAAUGAUAUUUCAGAGUUGGUUAAGGAAAAAGCUAGAGGAAGCCCCAAUAUUAACCAGAGAGCCAAUAUGACUGAAUUCAGCAGGGUGAAUUCCCAUGCAAGAACCUUCAACACACAGGAAGACUGCUGUGCUAGCUGUCGUCAUUUCUCUCCAAUGUGUUGUUUUCAUGAUCCACAAGAAGUGGCAAGAAAUCAUUUUAUUAAAGUACAGUCCUACUUUGAGAAUGGAUGUCCUAGGAAGAACUUGAGAGAAAAUGUUGUAGAGAGAAACAAGGCACAGAAAAGAGGUGAAAGAAAAAAUGUCAGCUUCCAUAUAGGACCGAGUUAUUCACAAGUGACAGGUACACAAAAUGCAUCACUUUCUAAUUAUGGCUAUCAGGCACCUGUUUAUCACUCUGAAUGCUCAGGCUGUACAUGCUGCCAGAACACUGUUAAAGAACAUCUUGACUUAAAUCACCAAGUGCUAAAGAACUGCUUAAACAGAGAGAGUGUUUUUCUAGUGGACCCUGGAAAGGGGACUAGAAGCCGGUGCAAAUGUUCCCAAGAAAUCCCUCUUUUCUGUGCUGACCAAACUGAUACGUAUAAGGGAAACAGGUGUGAUUUCCACGAGAACAGAAUAUAACCUUACUCAGGGAUCUUCACAUAUUAACCAAGGAUGGAAAAGGCUUGAUGGAAACCACAAACGCUGUAAAAAAAGAAGUUGGUACAGUUGUUUUCAAUGACAAGUCAGUGGUUUGAAAAAUGAAAUGUUGAUGUAUGUUGGUAUGUGCUUUGUAGUGAAUAUCAAUAAAUGAAGACCCACAAAGGACAGUCACAAUGAGUUGUCGCCAAAUAGUGACACAUGCAGCUCAUGCUGAUACUGCAUCACAGCUUCCCCACCAAGCAAAGAAGGAUAAACUGUUUGGUA